AUGAUCCGGGCACAGAGGAUUGCGGCUCUCAGAGUCACGAGGGCGUACCGCACAGUCUCGGCUGAGGCAGCCUUAUUCCUGGUGGGAACUCCUCCGGGUGAUCUUCUUGCUUUGGAACGCAAAAGAGUCCGAAGUAAACUUGACGAUCUGGACAGAGCUGAUUCAAAGGAUGAGAUCCGGAGAGCAGAGCGAGACAUCUUGCUUGCUGCCUGGUCGAACAGAUGGAGUCGGGGCGUUAGAAGAGCCUGGACGCGCACGAUUCUUCCGGACCUGAUAAGAUGGACGAAAAGAUGGCCCAAAGACCUCACGUUUCAUGUAACGCAGGCUCUUACGGGACACGGGUGUUUCAGGUACUACCUACAUAGGAUGAAGCGCGCCCCUGAUGCGGCUUGCCUGUACUGCCAACACCCUGAGGACACUGCGGAACACAUGUUUGUUGGUAACCGAAAUAUAACCCCGGGAGACGUCCAGGAUUUGCUGUGCGGCCCCACUGAUGUCCCGUUCAGCGAGAACGACUGGCUACGAGCUGCCUCCCAACGUGCCACCCAGUCCUUUAAUGACAUGGUUAACAACAUUUUAAGCUGCAAGGAGCAUGAUGAAAGGAUAGCCGAGACCGAACGAAGAGCGAAUGCAGUGUAA